CCCGCUUCCGGUGGCGCGGAGCGGGGGCUGGCGGCGGCCGAGCCCCGGGGCGGGGGGUCCGCGGUGUGUCCUUGUGUCUGGUACCGCCUCCUGCUCCCUCAUGUCGGCUCUGGAGAAGCAGCUGCACCUCGGCCGCCUCCCGCCGCGGCCCCCGCUGCCCGGUGGCGGGGGUCAGUCCGGCUCCAAGAUGCGCAUGGGCCCUGGAAGGAAACGUGACUUUUCACCAGUGCUUUGGAGCCAGUACUUUGAAUCUAUGGAGGAUGUCGUGGUAGAAAAUGAGACUGGCAAGGAUACUUUUCGAAUUUACAAGAGUGGAUUGGAGGGGCCUGUCCUGCUGCUUUUACAUGGUGGAGGCCAUUCUGCUCUUUCCUGGGCUGUAUUUACUGCUGCAAUCAUUAACAGGAUUCAGUGCCGGAUUGUGGCUUUAGAUCUCCGAGGCCAUGGAGAAACCAAAGUGAGGAAUCCUGAAGAUCUCUCUGCAGAGACUAUGUCAAAAGAUGUUGGCAACGUGGUGGAAGCUCUGUAUGGGGACCUCCCGCCCCCCAUCAUGCUCAUUGGGCACAGCAUGGGGGGGGCCAUCGCGGUGCACACGGCGGUCGCAAACCUGGUGCCAAGUUUACUGGGGCUCUGCAUGAUCGAUGUGGUGGAAGGUACAGCCAUGGAUGCACUGAACAGCAUGCAGAACUUCUUAAGGAGUCGUCCCAAAACAUUCAAGUCGCUGGAAAAUGCCAUUGAGUGGAGUGUAAAAAGUGGACAGAUAAGAAACCUUGAAUCUGCCCGAGUGUCUAUGGUCGGUCAAGUCAAACAGUGUGAAGGGGCUGCAAGCCCUGAAUGUCCUAAAGCCAUAGUGGAGGGUAUUAUUGAAGAGGAGGAAGAGGAGGAAGAGAAUGAGGAAGGGGGAGGCUCUGUCAACAAAAGGAAGAAAGAAGAUGACACAGAGACAAAGAAGGAGCACUUAUACACGUGGCGGAUCGAACUGGCGAAAACAGAGAAGUACUGGGAUGGCUGGUUCAGGGGCUUGUCAAACCUCUUCCUGAGCUGCCCAACGCCAAAGCUCUUGCUUUUAGCUGGUGUUGACAGGCUGGAUAAAGAUCUAACAAUUGGACAGAUGCAAGGGAAGUUUCAGAUGCAGGUCCUCCCACAGUGUGGCCAUGCAGUCCAUGAAGAUGCUCCAGACAAGGUUGCUGAAGCUGUUGCGACGUUCCUGAUCCGUCACAGGUUUACAGAGCCCAUCGGUGGAUUCCAGUGUGUGUUUCCUGCUUGUUAAUACCCUGGUGUUCUCCAGCACUGAGUCCUGUUGUAAAUAAACUGCACCAGAGGCCACUGUGAUGUACCCAUAUCCUUUCAUCCCUCCAGUUCAGCGGCAGUGAGAAGUUGGUGUGAGAUCCAUCCCCCUUAGACCUAGUUCUCCAGAAUGUGUAAAUGUUUAGGGACUUCCUUGCUGGGAAGCAGCUUGGACUGAAGGCCAUGAGCAGCUCUUCAGGCACUCAGAAGUGGGCUCCCCUCUGCUGCCACAAGGAAAGACCUCCUGAAAUCCCAAGUAGUUGAUCAUAACUCCAUCAGUUCUCAGGCUUUCUUGGACCCAACUGCAAAGGGGCUGUUGGCAGUCCAGAUCCACCGAGGGCAUUGCAGCGUAGCCAAAGGCUUCAGGAUUUCUCCAUGGAAUUGUCUCAUCGUCUUUGAAGUGCCCCUUAGGUUUGCUUUUUAUACACACAUCUCUUUCCCCUAAAGCAACAAGGUAUUGGUUUCAUUGGGAGCUCAGGUUUUGCCUCACCAGUGCCAACCUUAUGAGUUAAGCUGCAGGAAGAACCCAGAUGCUGUCUCCUGAGCAAGGCUGGAUGGGCCUGUAAACCAAAAAGAAGAGGGGAGACCCUGAGCUCCAUUCUGGAGUCUUACAGCUUUCUUAAUGCUCAUUUCAAGUUCUUGCUGACAAAAACAUCCUGGAUAACUCCAUCUGCUGCAGAAGAUAACAGGCAGGAGCCUCUGGGCCUGUGUUCAUGGGGAAGACCCAAGAGCAGCACUAACAACAUGCUCAGCAGGCCUGGAAUGUGUUUCUGCUUCCCUCCUUCACGCUGCUGCACACAACUGAGCAGAGAUCAGCACCUUCUGGAUGAAAGAAAUGGAAGAUGCUCACGAAAUAAAACCCUGGAAGAGUUUGGAGCCUGUCCUGCUGCUGCAUUGCUCCAAUACUCCCCAGUACUGGAGGAAAGACCUUGUUUUCACUGUCACCCUCGACCAGUUCGCUGCCUGCCUUCCAGAUAUCCAUGUGAAUGCUGUAGUUGCACGGAGAGCUUUGCUUCAGGGUUCAGUUAUCCACAGACAGCUUGCCAGGUUGCUGAAAGCAAUCACUCGAAGAGCAAGCAGCCACGUUUUGGAGCAGUUUUCCUCAGUGUUUUGCCAGUGGAUGUCUGAAAUCCCUUUUCCUUUUGCCUUGUGUCCGUACCCCUCGAUGCUGUAUGAUGGAAGCAGCGUUUAACGCUGUUUUGCUGAAGCAAGAGUUCUGUUGUUGGCCUGAUUCUGGGAGCUGUGAUGUCUGCGUCCUGUGACAAGAGCUGUCAUGAAUCCUUGGCCUUUGAGAGGUGCAGGUGGGCUGAAGGGAGGUCGUGUGAAGAGCUGGCAACGCCUGGUUGGGCUUUGGUGUUCACCCUGAUGGAGAUCUCCCUCAUCUCCUCUGCUUCAUUCGCAUGUGAGCCCUGGGCACAGCGGUUGUGGCCUUGCUCUGCAUCCCUUCCCUGACCCAUCAGGGUGGGAGAUGCUUGGGUUAGAGACAAGCCUCAUCCCAGAGAGCUCUCCUCUCUCCUGGUACGUCACCCAUCGGCACUCAGGUGUU